AUAACAUCGUGACAAGUGUCACUUUAGGUUUGUUUUUAGUAUAGGUUAAUUGAUUGAUUGAUUGAUGAUUAAUUGAUUGAUGAUGACUCACAAAUAUAUUUGGGCUUAGGCUGGUUCACUAUGUCCAUUAUGCAAUAGUUCCUAUGGGCUAAAGCCCAAUUUUUAUUUUUAUUUUUUUAUUUUUUUAUUUUUGCAUAUAAACCAAAUUGCCAAUACGGCAAUACCCGAUUACUUUACUAUAAAGCCAUGCUAAACCCCAAGAGCUUGAGAAAUUUCGAUUGAGCAACUAUGGCGGAAUUUCCGACAGAAAUACUCUCCGAAAUUCUUUCACGAUUACCUGUAAAAUCACUACUCCGCUUUAUAUCUGUCUGCAAAUUCUGGAAUUCCUUGAUCAAAUCCCCUAAUUUCAUCAAAUCUCAUCUCAAUCAAACCCUAAUUUCCGACUCCGAUCGUUAUCUCCUCAAAUCAUCAGCAGACUCCCCUUUUUUCAUUUCCCAGAUCGACCUUCACCAUAACCAUUUCUCCUUCUCGGAGCUCGACCUCCCUCUCGAAUACGAGGAUGUCGAAUUUUUUAACUCCUGCAAUGGCGUCAUUUGCAUUUCUGAUUACCACAAAAUCGACGUAUUCUUAUUCAAUCCUCUUACUAAAUCUUAUCGUAAACUCCCUGUUAAACGAAACCCAAAACAUGAUUUUGUGUUGUUCGGAUUUGGGUAUGACAGCAACAACGACGAUUACAAAGUUUUGAGGAUUCUUCAAAGGCAUAAUUGUGGGAAAUCUAGUCAUGAUGAAGUUCAAUUGUAUAGUUUGAACAACAAUUCAUGGAAAUCUGUUCAAGGUAUUCCGCAUCCUUAUUAUCUCCCUUUUGCUGAUUGUCAUGGUGUUCUUGUUAAUGAGGUUUUACAUUACAUUGUCAGUUCUGAUGAAUUGGAAUUGCAGCAAUGUAAGAUGAUUGCUGGUUUCGAUAUUCGGACCGAGAGUUUCUCGCUUAUAGACUGCCCCAUUCAGGAUGAAAAGAUAAAGACUUAUUGGGAAUUUGUGGAAUUUCAUUUGAGGGAAUUGGGUGGGUGUUUAUCUGUUGUGGUAGCGUAUCUUACUAGAGAUAAUGCUAUUAUGAUGCCUAUUUUUGAUGAUGAUGGGUGUAAUCGUGAACUCAAACGAGCUGAUUUGUGGGUGAUGAAGGAGUAUGGAAACAACGAGUCCUGGGUUAAACUGUUUAGUGUUUGCAACCUGCCUGAUAUUGAGAGAUUUGUUGGUUUUACCCCUGUUAUCUACUCCAAAGAUGGGCGGCGGAUUUUGAUAGUGAUGGAUUGUUUGGAGGCUGGUUGGUAUGAUUUAGAGUCCGGGGAAUUUGAGAAAGUCACGGUUCAUGGGCUGCCUUAUACUUAUUUCGACACUGAUUAUUUCGUGGGCAGCCUUGUUUCACUUGAAUUUAAGCCGCACCCAACUGGAAUUGUGAAAAGGAAGAACAAAAACUAUAAAGAUUCAGAUAGUUUUCUUGCUAAGGGUUUCAAGCUGAAGCUAUGAGCCUAUUGUUUAUGCUGGGAGUUCAGAACUAUAUUACUGUAUGUCUAGAUAGGCAUGCAAACUAAUGCUCGAUUGCUCACCCUCCAUGAAUUUCUUGAAGGCGGAAGUACUCGGUGUUCCAGAUGAUAUAUGACCCAGAUUUAAGAUACAAGGUUACAGGUGCCAAUCUGAUGUGAAUAUGCAGCAUCUAGACAUGUCAUCCUUUCAGCUUGUAAUCAGAGAUGGUUCUCUUACUGCUAGAACUAUGACCAAUUUUAACAGUUUAACUGUUGUUUUUUUGUUGCAUUUGCAAAGAACCGAAAAGGUUGAUCAUUUGAAGUAGAUUUGCUUAUUGUUUUUGGUGAUGGGAUUAUGAGGUAUUGGAUUCUAUUCUGCCCUUCCUAAUAAUAAACUCACAUUGGCACCUUACAUCUAA